UCUCCACUGUUUAGUGAAGGGACAGCACUGUCACUAUAAAAGUGAAAGAGGAAUAGUGACUUCCAUUGCUGUGCCAGCCAGCGUGUGCCUUGCUGUGUCACUUAGAGGAACAGUUCUGUGUGAUGCAAAACCUUCCAUCUAUUGUUACGAUGUUUGCACAGUGGUGAGUUUUCUUUUGCUGCAAAAUUUUUCCAAGUGAUAGUACUUUGCCAUCCCUUUGGGGGAAGGCCUUUCCCUCCUGACAUGGCUCCGAAUGAAACUGAAACUCACCUACUACUGAUGUACACGGUUUCCAGUUUCAGCUGUUAGGAGACAAUCCUGCUGUUUUAUUCAUGGGCCUAGUCUGUCUUUGCAGUGCUGCAGAUACUGAAACUCCCAAACCAAACAGGUUAUUUGGAGAGAAGAGAUGAUUGGAGACUGAUAGCUUUCUUGAGAUGCUCACCUGAACUUGAAGUCUUGCAGCUGUUGUCUGCUUUUUACAAAAAUCCUCACCUGCCCUGUGUUCUGGACAGAAGGAAACAAAGGACAUGUUGCAGAGCGGGUGGCAUAGAUAACGCCUCUUCCUUUCUUCUACAUUCUGGGAUCUCACCCACCUCCUCCAUGAAGCAACCCGAAGCCUGAUGCCCUUGUUGCACUUCACCAUGGAUGCAGGGAAGAGCUACCACUCUGCAUAUACACACCAGCAGUCAGGCAACACACUCUAUGGGAUGCCCACCCUUCAGGCCCAGCGCAGCCUGCACACCAUAGAGAAUUCUCCUUCUGGGUGGUGGAGUCCAGACUUGUAUUCAACUGCUCCGUAUUCGGCGCCAUCGUACCUGAGCGAUAACCAGCAAUAUUUUAAUACCACUUGCGAUUUCUACACAAAUUCCAUUGGCGGGCUACCAUUCCCGGAUACCAACUAUGCAACCCCUAGCUUUGCCGAUUGUUUGCCGAAAAACGGUGAUUUUCCUCAGGAUUCUGCAUACCUCAAUGAACUCUCUAGCAAUUCCCUCUUCUCCUCCCCUGCGGACUCCCUUUCCGAUAUCGCUGAUGCUCAGGAAUUCCUGCCAGCGGAUAGUCUCAGUCGUGUGCCAACCAUAUGGGACGUCAGCACACCGCAGCAGAACCAAAUAGAGCCCUUGCCUCCUGACUUAGAGAGCCUAGAAUGCUUACAGGGAAUCGAGAACCAUAUCACCGCCACUUCACUUCUUUCAACUAUUCAGUCCCAAACUCAGGUAGAAGAGGAGGAAGAAGACGAUGAAACAGAGGAGCUUGGUCAUACAGAGACAUACGCCGAUUAUGUUCCUUCCAAAUGUAAACUCGGAAAGCACCAUCCAGACCGAGUGGUUGAGACAAGCACCCUUUCCAGCGUCCCACCUCCAGACGUCACCUACAUACUCUCCCUCCCUGAGUCCAUCGCUGACAAUGGGUUACUCUCCGCACUACAGCUGGAAGCGAUUACUUAUGCCUGCCAGCAACAUGAAGUUUUACUCCCAAAUGGUCAAAGAGCCGGCUUUCUCAUCGGGGAUGGUGCUGGGGUUGGGAAAGGCCGGACAGUUGCAGGGAUCAUCUUUGAAAACUAUCUGAAGGGAAGGAAGAAAGCCCUGUGGUUCAGCGCCUCAAAUGAUCUCAGAUAUGAUGCUGAGAGGGACCUUAAGGAUAUUGAUGCACCCAACAUUCCUGUCCACGCUUUAAACAAGAUUAAAUAUGGUGACACAGCUACCUCAGAAGGAGUUUUAUUUGCCACUUACUCCGCCCUGAUUGGUGAAAGCCAAGCCGGUGGCCAGCACAGAACCAGGUUGAAACAGAUUCUGGAUUGGUGCAAGGAGGAUUUUGACGGUGUUAUUGUGUUCGAUGAAUGCCACAAAGCCAAAAAUGCCAGCUCCACCAAAAUGGGUAAAGCAGUAUUAGACCUUCAGAAUAAGCUGCCUCGCGCCAGGGUCGUCUAUGCCAGUGCCACAGGUGCCUCUGAGCCAAAGAACAUGAUCUACAUGAGCCGGCUAGGGAUCUGGGGAGAUGGCACUCCCUUUCGGUCAUUUGAUGAAUUCUUGCAUGCCAUCGAAAAACGAGGUGUCGGUGCAAUGGAAAUAGUCGCCAUGGACAUGAAGGUGAGCGGGAUGUACAUCGCCCGGCAGCUCAGCUUCUCGGGGGUCACGUUCCGUAUAGAGGAGAUCCCUCUCGACCCCGAAUAUGAGCACGUCUACAACAAGGCAGCGCAGCUGUGGGCCGAAGCACUGGUGGUUUUCCAGCAGGCUGCGGAUCUCAUUGGUUUGGAAUCUCGGAAAUCCCUGUGGGGGCAGUUCUGGUCUGCCCACCAGCGCUUCUUCAAGUACCUCUGCAUAGCUGCAAAAGUCCGGCGCCUGGUGGAACUGGCAAAGGAGGAGCUCAGCAAGGACAGGUGUGUCGUGAUAGGCCUUCAGUCGACCGGUGAGGCCCGCACCCGGGAAGUCUUGGACGAGAACGAGGGACACCUGAACUGCUUCGUUUCUGCAGCCGAAGGCGUCUUUCUCUCACUAAUUCAGAAGCACUUUCCUUCAACCAAACGAAAAAGAGAAAGAGGAACUGGCAUUAAAAGAAAACGAAAGCAGCGAGUUCGCUGUGGCACAAAAGUCCCCAAAUCCACCUACGACCUCACCAGCACCUUCAUCAAGAUCAGCUCCGACAGCAGCUCCGAUUCAGAGCCUGGGCUGGAAAGUGACUUCAACUCUUCUCCAGAGUCUCUGUUUGAUAAUGAUGACGUGAUAGUGGUUGAGCCUGGCCCCACCAACGGCUUUGUGUGUGAGGACCGAGGUGGCAUGUAUAUGCAAAGUUCCCAGAAGGAAAUGCAGGGUCCUGGUGCACUGGAACAUGUUGAGAGAGUGAAGCAGGAUCUCCUAUCAAAAGUGAAGGCACUGGGCAAAGAACUACCUCUGAAUACUUUAGAUGAACUGAUCGAUCACUUUGGAGGCCCGGAACAUGUGGCCGAGAUGACAGGACGGAAAGGGCGUGUUGUGCGGCAGCCUGACGGCUCUGUUGUGUUCGAGACACGGGCCGAACCAGGGCUCUCCAUUGACAACGUGAAUCUCAAGGAGAAAGAGCGGUUCAUGAACGGAGAUAAACUUGUAGCAAUAAUCUCCGAGGCCUCAAGCUCAGGGAUUUCUCUCCAAGCGGACAGACGGGUAAAGAAUCAGAAACGGCGUGUCCACAUGACUCUGGAAUUGCCUUGGAGUGCUGACCGAGCCAUUCAGCAGUUUGGUCGGACGCACCGUUCAAACCAAGUGUCUGCUCCAGAGUACAUCUUCCUCAUCUCUGAAUUAGCAGGGGAGCGGCGGUUUGCCUCCAUCGUGGCCAAACGCCUGGAGAGCCUUGGUGCCUUAACUCAUGGGGACAGAAGAGCCACUGAAUCCAGAGACCUCAGCAAGUACAACUUUGAGAAUAAGUAUGGGUCCAGAGCCCUUGACAGAGUCCUGCUUACCAUCCUCAACCAGACGGAGAACAAAGUCCCUGUGCCCAAGAGUUACAAUAAAGGAGAUAGCGUCUUUUUCCAGGAGAUGAAGCAGUGUCUCCUUUCGGUCGGAAUCUGUUGCAAAGAGAUGCGCUAUGGCUUUGUGACUGUGGAGAAAGACUGCUCCAUCACCAAGUUUCUGAACCGCAUCUUAGGCUUGGAGGUCCAAAAGCAGAACCUGCUCUUCCAGUACUUCAGUGACACUUUCGACUAUCUGAUUGACCGGGACAAGAAGGAUGGCAAAUAUGACAUGGGGAUUCUGGAUCUAGCCCCUGGCGUUGAUGAGAUCUAUGAAGAGAGCAAAGAGGUCUUUCUGACACCUGGCCACCCACAGGAUGGACAGGUGGUCUUUUACAAGAUCAGUGUCGACAGAGGCAUAAAGUGGGAAGAAGCCUACAAGAAGUCGCUCCAACUGACAGGGCUCAAUGAGGGCUUCUACCUCUCCCAUAAGGUCCGAGGCAGCAAGUACACCUGCCUACUGGCAGAGCAGAGCCAUGAGAAACAUUUCACCCUCUACAAGCCAAACAUCGGCAAACACAGCCAGCCGGAGAGUCUGGAAAGUCUUCACAGAAAGUACCGAAAGGUAUCGCCAGAAGAUGCCAAAGAACAUUGGGAAAACAACUAUACCUUUUCUCUGCAGUACUGCAACCAUGCUGUGUGGAAUGGGCACUGCAAGGUGGUCCAGGAAGGGAAGGAAUGCUUCCAGGGCACCCGUUUGCGCCAUUACUACAUGCUGUGUGGGGCAUUGCUGCGGGUUUGGAGCAAGAUCGCCGGCAUCAUGGCUGACAUUACCAACACUAACUACCUGCAGAUUGUCCGCCUCAAGACUAAAGAGAAGAAGAAGCAAGUUGGGAUUAAGAUCCCAGAAUCCUGCGUCGAGCAGGUGCGGAAAGAACUGAAGCAGAUGGAUGAGAAUGUGAAGCAAAAGCAGAGGCAAGCCCUUUUGGUAGCGGCGGCAGCCUCUCAGCCAAACCUUCCCUACCCCGUCCAUCAGCAGACACUUCCGCUGGACCUGAGCCAGUCCACGGGGGGCACUGGCUUCUUGCCCUCCCAGCCAUCCUCCUUGCAGCAGGAUGAGAUCUUGGACCUGACCUACAGCCCCUCCAGUGAUGGCAUCCCAGACCUCUGGGCCGAGACCUCCACCCAGCCGCCACCACCUCCCCCGCCACUGCAUUUCGGCUUCCCCCUUCCCUACAACAGUGCUGCAGCUUUGGCUGGGAACUUACCCCUUGGCUCCCCCUCAGCACAUGAACAUUUGCCCCAGGCCCUGGUCCCUCCCCUCUCCAAUGGCUUCUCUUUGCCCAGCCAGGACAUCAACUAUAAGGAAGUUUUGGAGGAGAUGUUGAAUUCCCUGAAUGUGGGCCUGGAGGACAGUAGUGCUCAUGCUGCUUCCACUGCGCCGGAGCGCCAGAGCGUCAUCCAGUUCAGCGGUCCUUUUCCCAGUUUCUGCGAUGAUGACAGCUGAGCCCCCCCCCCCCCCCGCCCCCCCCCCCCCCACAUUUUUAAUCUGGAGGCCUCGGGUGACGUUUCCAGAGGCAUCCUGUCUUCGGGUUUGUUUUUAUACCGGUCGGACCACUUCUCUCUUUUUAAAACAGGGAUGGGAACGGAGAGAACGUGUAGUUAACACAGAAGUUUAUUUAUAUAUAAUAUACAGUCACUUCUGUACUAAUUUUUAUAUAUAUCUAUAUAUGUCUCAGUAUAGAUAUGUACAAAAUAGAGGUCCAGAGAUGGGGAGAUGUGGGGGGACAGCACACUGAGGCACCUUACAGGAGUGAGUGGCAUGUUGCCAUUCCCCCCCCCCCCCACAAUCCACCCCAACUUCUUCACCCAACCUUCAAGCUGCACCCCCGCCCUUAUGCAAACUACUGAGUUUGGAAAGCUAGGAUCUUUAUACUAUAUAUAUAU